CUGCGUAUCUAAGAGGGAUGGUCAGGGCGUUUGUCAAGCAAACGAAAAAGUUUAGUGAGGUGGCCAGAGUCUGGCUAUUGCGCUGGUAAUUAGGUGAGACAACGGAUUUUCGAGGAACUUCCUGGAAGACCCAGAGCUCGCAUAUGGUUCACAAAAGGGAAAUCCGACCAUGCAAGGGCACUCCAACAGAAUCCAGAUGUGCAUACAGAGAACUGGGCCAUCCUCCAAGUAGAGAAGGAGAUGAAGACGAGCCAUUCAUUCCUCCUGGUUAUAUAUCAUCGUUUCUUAUAGACGUGAAAAUAUAAAAUUCGGUACAUCAGAAAUGGCAAGUUUAAGUUUUUCCGAACCGAAUGAGAUUCUGGAGGAGGUGGACGACACGAAUAAUUUGCUGGAUGGUCAGCCCGAGUGCACUCUGACUAACCACGAUGCCGAAAAUAGUCAAAAUUUUUUUGGCUAAUUUGUCAAUUUGAUUAGGACUAGAGACGAGCACGUAUAAGGUCUGUCACUGCCUCUACUAGCCACAAACUCGAAAGGAUUCCUUGGGAGGAAAUACAAAAACCCUUAUGAUAUCCUGCAUCUCUCCAUCAAACAUUAAUUAUGAUGAAACAAUAACGACCCUGCGCUACGCAAGUAGAGCUAAGAAAAUUGCAAAUAAGCCGACAAUUAACGAAGAUCCCAAAGAUGCCAAAUUACGACAGUAUCAUGAUGAAAUACUUUAUUUAAAAAGAAUGCUGAAAGAAACACAACAAACGAUUGAUUUCAAAAGUGACGAGAAGUUAAGAGAAGUUUCAAUUAAUGAUAAGAAAUACCAAGAAAUCCCAGAUAUCACCAAUGCUGAAGCGAUGAACUCAAGGUCAAUCUUACCUGUUCAUUCAAAAGAAGAGAACAUUCAAUUGCAAGCACGAAACCGUAUUGAUCUUAUUAAACAAACCUUAAUUGGAGGUGAGCGUGUUGGUGAUUUAAAACUUAAGGAACAGCAUAAAGCCCGUCGAAUUGCUGCUCAACGUCACUUAAAUGUCGUAGCAAAUGCUCUGAGCCGUAUUAAUUAUGAAGAUCGAGACCUUUUACAAGGUCAUUAUGCUAGUAUAGCCCAAGAGAUAAAUAUUAAAAACGAACACAUACGAAAUUGCCAACAAAAAAUUAAAAUGCUUCAAAUGGAACUUUCGGAUUUGAAUUCAGAGUUUCAGCUUGAUCGUGAAGAUUAUUUGGAUGAAAUAAGAAAUCUUGGACGUUACAUCAAGUUUUAUCAACAAUUACUUAAUAAAUUUGAUUCAAAUUUACGUAAAAAUUAUAAAAAUUGGUCUCCGGAUAUUGUAAUGGAGCAUUCAACAUGGAUUGAUGAUCUGAAAAUUUGGAAAAUUCCAGACAACUAUUUGUUGAAACUUCCACCGGCUAAUCUUAAUUCUGAUAAUCAACAAAUAUAUAGCUCGACAGAAACUAAGAACAUUUCCAAAAUAUUUAGGAAUGAUGAAAAGCAACCUUUUGAACAUGACAACUUUAACACAUCAAAAGAGAAGUUUAACGGGAAUGUUCUCAAAAACUACUUUCGCACAUCUCGUCCAAACAAUAAAAAGGAGCAAUUCGGAAAAAUAACCGGCUUAAAAGAAUAAAGUGAAUAACAGGAAACAUUUAUAAUAAAACUUAUUUUAAAAAAAAUCAUAUGGAUGGCGUUUCA